CAAGCAGGGUCAGUGAUGGAGGAUCUGGUGGGACUCCAUGAGGGCGCUGCGGGGGAGCCCGUGGCCUUGCAGGAGCUAUGGGGUCCCUGCCCCAGGACCCAGCGCCGAAUCAGAGGUUUCCUGGAGAGAGUGAAGAGACAGCUCUUCCGGGUGGGCGAAGACUGGUAUUUCUUGGUUGGCCUAGGAGUGCUCAUGGCUAUCAUCAGCUUCACCAUGAACUUUGCUGUUUCCAGGGUCGUCCAUGCACACAUGUGGCUGUAUCGAGAAAUCGGCGACAACCACCUUCUCCGCUACCUCUCUUGGACUGUGUAUCCCAUAGCCUUGGUCUCCUUCUCCACUGGAUUUUCCCAGAGCAUCACCCCUUUUUCUGGAGGCUCCGGAAUCUCAGAAUUGAAGGUCAUUUUAUCUGGCGUAGUCCUGGAAGAUUACUUAGACAUUAAGAACUUUGGGGCCAAAGUUGUGGGCCUCACCUGUACCCUGGCAUGUGGUAGCACCAUCUUUCUCGGCAAAGUGGGCCCCUUCACACAUAUUUGCUGCAUGAUUGCCUCCUACAUGGGCAAGGUGCGCAUUUCAGCCCUUGGAGAGUAUGAGAACAAGAUCAAGCAGAAUGAGCUGUUGGUGGCGGCAGCAGCAGUGGGGGUGGCCACUGUUUUUGGGGCACCCUUCAGUGGGGUCCUGUUCAGCAUCGAGGUCAUGUCCUCCCACUUCGCUGUCUGGGAUUACUGGAGGGGCUUUUUCUCUGCGGUCUGCGGGGCCUUCAUGUUCCGGCUCUUGGCUGUCUUCAACAGCGAACAAGAGACCAUCACCUCCCUCUUCAAGACUAGAUUCCGAGUAGAUAUACCUUUUGAUCUACCAGAAAUCUUCUUCUUUGUACUGCUUGGAUUUGUCUGCGGGAUCAUGAGCUGUGCCUACCUCUUCGGCCAUCGUCGAUUUGUGAUGUUCGUUCGAACAAACUGCAUCACCAAAAAUCUGCUUGCAACAGACAAGCCUCUGUACGCAGCCCUGGUGGCACUAAUUCUGGCCUCCAUCACCUACCCACACAGCCUGGGACGAUUUAUGGCUUCUAGGCUGUCUAUGAAUUUGUACCUGAAUUCACUGUUUGACAACCAGUCUUGGGCUCUGCUAUCCCGGAACUCCUCUCCUGAAUGGCCCCCAGAGGUGGACCCCAACAACCUCUGGUUUGAAUGGUACCACCCCCAGUUUACCAUUUUUGGCACCCUCACCUUCUUCCUGGUCAUGAAGUUCUGGAUGCUGAUUCUCGCCACCACAAUACCUAUGCCAGCCGGAUACUUCAUGCCCGUAUUUAUCUAUGGAGCUGCCAUGGGACGAAUUUUUGGAGAGAUCCUGGCGGUCAUCUUCCCAGAGGGCAUCAAGACGGAUGAUGGGGUCAUCAACACCAUCCUCCCUGGUGCAUAUGCAGUGGCAGGAGCUGCUGCUUUCUCGGGAGCGGUGACCCACACGAUUUCCACGGCCCUGCUGGUCUUCGAGCUGACGGGCCAGUUCGUCCACGUGCUGCCCGUGCUGAUGGCUGUGCUCGUGGCCAAUGCGGUGUGCCAGAACUUCCAGCCCUCCUUCUAUGACAAUGGCAUCAUCCUGAAGAAGCUUCCCUACCUGCCCCGGGUCGUAGGACGCAAACUCAACUCCCACUGGGUGACUGCCGAACUCUUCAUGAACCCCAAUAUCACCACCCUGGCUAAAGAUUCUCCCCUGGAUGAAGUGGUGAAAACUGUGACCUCCACAGAAGCUGCUGAAUUCCCACUGGUGGAGAGUGAAGAAUCCCAGAUCUUGGUGGGCAUAAUCCAGAGAGCCCAGCUGUUACCAUUCCUCCAGGCGGAGCCAACCAUCCAGACACCUGGACACCAGUGGCGUCUCCAGGAUGUCCUGUCUGGGGGCUGCCCCGUGGAGCCUGUGACCCUACAGCUGUCACCUCAGACAUCUUUGCACCAGGUUCAUCACCUCUUUGAACUCUUGAAAAUGAGGAGAAUCUUGGUGACGUCGAUGGGUCGAGUGGUGGGCUUCAUCUCCUGGGUGGAGCUGAAGAAGGCCAUUGCUGAUCUGGCGAACCCUCCGGCUCCUAAAUAAGGCGGCGGUGGAGGAGAAGCCCACCAGCCCCGUCCUGCUGGCUCCAUCCAGGAAUCACCUAUUGGGGGGCUACUAGCACUGCCUCUCUUGUGUUACUAAGGGCCCUGAGGCUCAUUCCCUCACACAGCCCUCACCCCCAAGCCCACUCCCUUUUUUCAGGGGGAAAAUUCUAGAUCCAGAGGAUUGUUGUAUUCCUCAAAAGGCAUCUUGCUCAAUUCAGCGGAUGGAAGCUCCUUGGAGGAGGGGUCAUUGUCAAUUUUGCCUUUAGAGCCCCUGUUCCUGGCAUAAUGCCACGUGCAUGCUUAAUAAAUGCUCACUGAAUUACA